AUGGGCGACAAGCCCCCCGGCUUCCGGGGUUCCCGGGACUGGAUCGGCUGCGUGGAGGCCAGCCUGUGCCUCGCUCACUUCGGAGGGACCCAGGGGCGCCUCUGCCACGUGCCCCGGGGAGCGGGGCUGCACGGGGAGCUGGAGAGGCUUUACUCCCAUUUCGCAGGGGGCGGGGGCCCAGUCAUGGUUGGGGGCGACGCGGAUGCCAGGUCUAAGGCCUUGCUGGGAGUCUGCAUCGGGUCAGGCACGGAAGCCUAUGUCCUGGUAUUAGACCCUCACUACUGGGGCGCUCCAAAAAGCCCCAGUGAACUACAGGCUGCUGGGUGGGUGGGCUGGCGAGAGAUGAAUGAGGCCUUUGACCCCAACUCUUUCUACAACCUGUGCUUGACCAGCCAUAGCUCAGAACCGCAACAGCACCCCCUGGACUGAGGGUGAAGUUCAGAACUGAGACUCUCCAGUCCCAGACAUGCACCUGUGUACCUGGGGCUGGUGCCCCCGCAGAGCCUGGGCCUUUUGACAGCAGUAAUAAAAGUGGCAGGGCUGAGCAA